UGUUAGUAGAACGUGCAACAAAUGAAGAGUUAUCACUAAAAAGUGUAGUGUUUGUCCACGCACACACGCUUUCAGCUAGCUCUAUGAUGUACAUACACAAUCAAAGACGUUUGUUUUUAAUGAAGGAUGAUUUCUGAUGUUUAGUUUGAAAUGAUAACAGCACCAUUCACCCGCCAAAGCAUUCAGGCGCUUCUACAGGACGCUCCAAUCACCAAUGGCCGCUCCAUUCGCUACUCACUCUACGGGCAUCUCAUCCAGCGCUGCGCCGAGCGCCGCCUCUUCCGUCAGGCCAAGCAGAUUCAUGCCCGCCUCAUUCUCGUCUCCACCACUGCCGAUAACUUUCUCGCCUCAAAGCUCAUUGCUUUCUAUUCCAGAACUAAUCAGCUAUCCUGCGCCCACCACGUGUUCGAUCAAAUUCCCAGUAAGAACACUUUCUCCUUUAACGCCCUCCUCAUUGCGUAUUCCUUGCAUAGUAGACACAAUGCGGUGCUGGAGCUCUUUGCGGCGAGCUUACCCCGCAGGAAUGAGUUUUGGGAUUUGUCUGAUGUUAAGCCGGACAGCUUUACUUUAAGCUGUGCGCUUAAGGCAAUGUCGGAAGUGGCGGUGGAUGGACCUCUUUUGACUCGGAUGAUGCAUUGUUAUGUGAUUAAACACGCGCUUGAUUUUGACGUUUUUGUAUGCAAUGGAUUGGUGACUUGUUAUUCGAGGUGUGAUGAUCUAGUCUCUGCUAGGGCUUUAUUUGACGAAAUGCCUGAAAGGGACUUGGUAUCUUGGAAUUCAAUGAUUUCAGGGUACUCGCAAGGGGGUUUCUAUCAGGAAUGCAAGGAUUUGUACAAAAUGAUGUUGGGCGUAGAAGAUCUAAGGCCCAAUGGGGUUACAGCAGUUAGCGUUCUGCACGCAUGUGCACAAUCGGCUGAUCUUAUUUUUGGAAUGAAAGUGCAUCAGUUUGUGACUGAUAAUGGGAUUGAAAUGGAUCUGUCAGUCUGUAAUUCAAUCAUCGCUGUUUAUGCAAAGUGUGGCAGCUUGGAUUAUGCCAGACAGCUUUUCGAGGAGAUGACUGAAAAAGAUGAAAUAACUUACAGCACAAUUAUUUCUGGGUACAUGAGUCAUGGGCAUGUUGAUGAGGCGAUGGACUUAUUCCACGAAAUAAACAACCCCGGAUUGAGUAUUUGGAAUGCUGUGAUUUCGGGUAAGGUUCAGAACAAUCGGUAUGAUAUGGUUCUAGAUUUCGUUCGACAAAUGCAAGGAUCGGGGACGAAGCCUAACAGUAUGACACUUUCAAGUAUUCUUCCAGCCAUUCCACAUGUCUCCCAUUUGAAAGCAGGAAAAGAGAUUCAUGCUUAUGCAAUCAAGACAAAUUCAGAUAGGAAUAUAUAUGUAGUCUCAGCCAUCAUUGAUGUGUACGCGAAACUGGGAUUUCUGAGCGGAGCACAAAAAAUAUUUGAUCUAAUAGAUAAUAGGAGCGUGAUUGCUUGGACAGCAAUAAUCUCUGCAUAUGCAUCUCAUGGAGAUGCUAAGGUGGCCCUUAGUCUAUUUGAGGAGAUGUUGAAAAGGGGGAUAAAGCCAGAUGCCGUGACGUAUACUGCUGUGUUGUCAGCUUGUGCUCAUUCUGGGCUGGUCGACAAGGCUUGGGAAAUAUUCAAUGAUGUGCUUCCAAAAUAUGGAAUUCAGCCUUUGGCUAAUCAUUAUAGUUGUAUGGUUGCAUGUCUGACCCGAGCGAAGAGGCUUUCCGAAGCAGUGGAAUUUGUCAAGAAAAUGCCAAUGGAACCCACCCCUGGGGUUUGGGGUGCCCUGCUGACUGGAGCCUCGGAAUGCAAUGACAUUGAACUUGCUGAGUUUGUGUGCAGUCAUUUAUUUGAAUUGGAGCCGGAAAAUCCAACCAAUUAUAUUGUAAUGGCAAAUCUCUAUUCAAAAUCUGGUAGAUGGGAAGAAGCUGAAGGGGUCAGAGCGAAAAUGAAGAACACUGGGUUUAAGAAAAUUGCUGCAACCAGCCGCGUAGAGGCUUCUGGGGAGCUGCAAAAUUUAAUAGCAGGAGGUAUUUGAUCCUACGUGCACCAUGGAAACCAAUCCACUAGUUCAGACACAGACGACAAGCAGGUUGCCGAAUCCAGGUAAACUUAGUUAGUAAUCAGUAACAGUAGCAGCUGUAUAUGCAUUAUAAUCUAAUGUUUUCAUAUGAUCAAGAGAUGCAUCAAGAUAUAUGUGUCCAACUUGCAUUUGGGAUCUUCUUAUUUGUUCUUUACACCUUAGUGAAUAGAUAGACAGAUAGAUCCAUAGAAAGUAGAGUAUGCCUUAAGCAUGACAGAAAAGAAAUGACACUCAGUUGUGGACAAGAACCCAACAUUUCCAUCCACUCUCUUCCAUGUUACUCCACCAUAUCAACUUCCAAUGUCACACACACACACACACACCAUUGUUGUUAUUCAUACAUGCCAUGCUCAAUAAUGCACCUAACUACUACUUUUUUUGUCUAUUGUGUGUGAAAUUUUAUAUAA